UCACAACACUUUCCUCCCAUCCCUUUCUUCUCUCUUUACUCAUCAUCCUGUAAAUCAACAAGAAUUAAAGACACAGCAAAAAAAAGAAGAAAAAAAAAAAUGCCUUCGUCUUCGAUUGUUGUCAUCUCCAAAUGCACAGUCUACCCAGAAUACAAAUCCUCGAACUCCAAAUCCUUAAAGCUCUCAGUUUCGGAUCUUCCCAUGUUGUCUUGCCAGUACAUCCAGAAGGGUGUGUUGUUGUCCCAACCCCCACUCGACGCCGCCGCCUUAAUCUCUCUCCUCAAGCUCUCUCUCUCCAAGGCGCUGGCCCACUUCCCCGCCCUCGCCGGCCGCCUCCACACCGACGCGAAAGGCCAUGUUUAUAUCCUGUCCAACGAUGAAGGCAUCGAGUUUGUGCACGCGAAAGCUCCGCAUCUCUCGGCCGCCGCCCUUCUCCCUUCCCACGCCGACAUUCCGCGGGAAUUUCGGAGCUUUUUCCAGUACGACAGCACCCUGAGCUACGCCGGGCAUUCGAAGCCGUUGAUGGCGAUACAGGUGACGGAGCUGAGCGACGCCGUUUUCGUCGGGUGUACGAUGAAUCAUGCGGUCGUCGACGGCACUUCGUUUUGGAAUUUCUUUAACACUUACGCCGAAAUUUGCAAGGGGGCGAAGAAGAUAAGUAGAGUGCCGGAUUUCGGGCGGGACACCGUGUUUAAUUCUCCGGCGGUUCUUAAGUUCCCGGCCGGCGGGCCGGCGGCGACUUUCUCUGGCGACGAGCCCAUACGCGAGAAGAUAUUUCACUUCACCAGGGAAGCGAUAUUGAAGAUGAAAUUCAGAGCCAAUAACGGGAAACUUUGCAACGGAGAAAACGGUAAACUUAACGGAAAGAUAACGCCCGUUAAUCACGAGCCGGGUUUGCAAAACGGCGGCGCGGCUUCGGAGAUUUCGUCCUUCCAGUCUCUGAGCGCUCAGCUGUGGCGGUCGGUAACGCGGGCCAGGAAACUGGAGGCGAGCAAAACGACGACGUUCAGGAUGGCCAUAAACUGCAGGCACCGGCUCGAGCCGCGGCUCAAGCCGCUGUACUUCGGGAACGCGAUCCAGAGCAUCCCAACCGUCGCUAAAGCAGGGGAGCUGUUAUCUCACGACUUGAGCUGGGCCGCCGAGAUGCUCCACCGUAAUGUGGUGGCCCACGACGACGCCACCGUCCGCCGGGGAAUUCAAGAUUGGGAAAACAACCCAAGACUAUUUCCUCUGGGAAACUUCGACGGCGCAAUGAUCACCAUGGGCAGCUCCCCGAGAUUCCCAAUGUACGAUAAUGAUUUCGGGUGGGGCCGGCCGCUGGCGGUGCGAAGUGGCAUGGCCAAUAAAUUCGACGGCAAGAUCUCCGCCUUCCCCGGCCGCGAGGGCAACGGAAGCGUCGAUCUUGAGGUGGUUUUGGCGCCGGAGACCAUGGCCGGACUCGAGAACGACAUGGAGUACAUGCAAUAUGUUUCUUGAAUCCAAUUCGAUCAUCACUUCAACAUUUAUUUUUCUCAUCUUUAAAUGUACCUUAAUUAAACCAAUGUUAAGUAAGGCUGAUUGUUCUCAAAUUAAAACUCCUAUGUAAUAAUGUUGCAUCUAAUCCAAUUUCAAGUCGUGUUCAAUAUAUAUGCAUCUAAAUUAAAGAUCGAUCA